CUUCCAAACAGACUCUUAAAAGGAGUCCUGUAUCCUCCUGGAAAAAUAAAAAUUGCAGCAGCAGUUGUGUCGAUCAAAAAUGGCUAAGAAACGAACCAGACGAGUCGGUCCGAGCCCAACCCACCACCGGUCCGACCCAAUCGAGCCCACAUCACAACACCACCAAACCCACAACUCACACACAAAACGACAUCGUUGGCUCACCGCCUUCUUCAUUUUAUUCUUCAUCAUUUCUUUACUACUAAUAAUUUACCGUCAAAGUUACUAUUACCCUUCUACUACUACUGUUUCUAAUGCUGAUUUACCUUAUGUUUACCAACGUGGCCUCGUUAAAAUUGAUUCUACUUACCCUGAAGUUCUAAAUGAGAAUUCGAAAGUUUCGGAGAAUAUUAGUCGAAGGCAUUUUGGAAAGCCUGUUCUGGCUUAUAUAACUCCAUGGAAUUCAAAAGGCUAUGACUGGGCGAAGAAAUUCUGUUCUAAAAUUACACAUCUAUCACCUGUUUGGUAUGAACUGAAGAAUGAAGGAAGUAAAUUAGUUCUGCAUGGAAGACAUAAUGCUGAUAGAGGAUGGAUUUCAGACAUUCGAAUGAAAGGAAAUUCUCUGAUUUUACCUAGAGUUGUCCUGGACGCGACACCGGUGGAGCUGCUUAAGAAGAAGAGGCUUAGGGAGAAAGCAAUCAACCUUAUCAUAAUGGAGUGCAAGGAAAUGGAAUAUGAUGGUAUUGUACUUGAGUCCUGGUCAAGAUGGGUAGCUUAUGGCAUCUUACAUAAUUCAGAAAUGAGAAAUCUGGCAUUGCAAUUUGUAAAGCAACUUGGAGAAGCUAUGCAUGCUGUGCGCUUAGAAACGAAUGGCAAGACAAAUCUGCAGUUAGUUUAUGUGAUAGGCCCACCACGUACAGAUAAGCUGCAGGAGCAUGACUUUGGACCAGAAGAUUUACAAGCCCUUUAUGAUGCUGUAGAUGGUUUCUCUCUCAUGACUUAUGACCAUUCAAGUCCUUACAAUCCAGGUCCCAAUGCACCUCUGAAGUGGAUACGCUCUACCUUGCAUCUUCUUGUGGGUGCUGGCAGCAGGGGUAGGAGAUUGGCUGAAAAAAUCUUUGUGGGCAUCAACUUCUAUGGCAACGAUUUUGUCCUGUCAGGAGACCACCAUCUUGGUCACACAUAGCUGUUGAUGCUGGGCAUCUCUGUACAACAUCCUUGUCCACUUGAGGGUAGAAGAAUCAAAUAUCCGGCCUCAAGGGAUCUUGCAUCUCCAAGUUUUUCUGAUUGUAGUUGGUAAAUAAUGGGUGAGACUGGCUGAUCAUGCCAUUUGCUAUACUUGUACUAUCUCAACCCAAAAACUAAUUAGGCCAGCUGCCGUUAUUUAGUUGUGCUUCCCCAGAGCUUCUUUUAUUUUGCUUUGAAUUUUCAUCGUUUUAUUUGUUGACAGAUGCUACACAUAUGUUGCUGGAGUGUACCGAGACCUGUUGAACUAGAGAAAAUGACAAAAAUCGUCCCUUAUCUUUGGUGGUAGGUUCAAAGUAGUCCCUUAAGUAUCACCUGAGCAGUUUUGGUCCUUUAAGUUUGCAGACACUGAGCACUUUUGGUCUUCGUCAAAAUAUUUAUCAAACUUUGAUUAUUAAAUUUAACUGGAACUCACAUUUGGAAGUACAACCUUUGUAGUUUAUGUUAUUUUUGUCUAUUGCAAGAGUGGUGCAACUUUUUGAGGUGCCUGUUAUUUUUUGUCUAUUCUUGUGUCUGAUGUAAUUUUUAUGUUGCGGUUUCUGGGAUUUUGACGGAAAUUUUUGGUGUUUUUGGUAGUCUUUUUUUCCUCCCUAUUUUUGGUUAAAUUUAACAAUCAGAGUUUGGUAAGUAUCUGACGCGGACCAAUAGUGUUCACUUUUGGCAAACUUAAAGGACCAAAACUGCUCAGCUGAUACUUAAGGGACUACUUUGAACCUACUACGGAAGAUAAGGGACCAUUUUUGUCAUUUUCCCCGGUGAACUACUCUACCAUUGCAGCUCAAAUGUCCCCUCUUUUUCAUCAUAAUGAGAUGGAUUGCCUUUAGACUGACAGUAGAUAAUGAUCUUUAAUUUUUAAAGAGCAUAAUGAAUCUUUAGUUGUUUAGUUGUUCAUAUAUGGUCAUCAUUUGCUAAAGGAUCA